AUGGCCGGAUGGAAACCCGCAAGAGGCCUUCUCUCUUCCAUUGGCGCCGAUACCCUAUGGCAAUCUAGCCGGGACCUGAAGAUCCUGAUACUACUGCGCUUCAUCCGUCUGCUAGGCUAUGGUGGCACCACCCUUAUCCUGGCGCUAUAUCUCAAUGCGCUGGGCUUCCAAGAUAACCAGAUUGGACUUUUCAUGACGCUGACGCUCGUGGGAGACCUUGCUAUUAGCUUUGUCCUCACUUGGGUCGGCGAUCGUGUUGGUGUCCGGUGGACUGCUGCCGUGGGCGCAUUGCUGAUGUGUGUUGGUGGCGUUGCGUUUGCGUAUUUGGAGAAUUUCUGGCUGUUGUUGCUUGCGAGCAUUGUAGCAGUCAUCAAUCCGAGCGCCAACGAAAUUGAUCCCUUCAAAGCAAUUGAAGAAUCAGCAAUCGCUCGUCUGAGCACGUCUCACACAUGCAACGAAAUGUUUGCCUGGUGGUCCAUGCUAGGCAUGUUUGGCACCGCCGCGAGCAACCUCCUCACCGGUUGGGUCAUCAACGCCCUGGAAGAUGCGGGUCUGGAAAAGGUCUCGUGUCACCGCGUGGUGUUUCUCGCUUAUGCUGCCAUUGGACUUGUCAAGUUGAUAUGCUCUCUAUUUCUGAGCGCAGACGUUGAGCAGGUUGUUGAACAAAAGGAGCAUUGUCCUACGCCCCCCUCCGGAUUUCACCCUGUGGAGAGCGACGAGGAGGAAGAUGCGCCGCUUUUGACGGAGAAUAUUCCCAAUUAUGGCGGUGUUGUCAAUGAUUUGGAUAAUCCUGAGUCUCAGGCAAAGGUUAUUGCUGAUGUGCAGGAGAAACGUCUCUUUACUCCCGAGUCGUUCGAUUUUAUGUGGAAGCUUUCUAUCGCCAUGGGUUUGGACUUUGUUGGCUCUGGUCUUGCGCAGAUUUCCUGGAUGAUUUAUUUCUUCAAGCGCGAGUACGAUAUGCCUGAGGGUGCUUUGGGAUCUGCAACUUUUACAGCGGGCAUCAUUUCGUCGGUUCUCAACCUCGCUUCCUCCCCUCUUUCACGCGCCAUCGGCCAAGUCCAAACCAUGGUGCUAUGCCACACCAUAAACUCUGCAUCAUUACUUAUGGUCAGUGUCCCCGGCAACAAAUACGUCGCGCUCGUUAUUUUUAUUUUCCGCAUCGUUACUCGAGAAAUCGAUAACGCGCCUCGACAGGCUUUCAUCUCCGCAGGCGUUUUGGACCACGAGCGUACUUCGGCCAUGGGUGUUGUGAAUAUCGUCAAGACAAUAGGAAGUUGUCUGGGAUUAUACGUCACUGGACUGUUUGCUGGGCUGGACCAGUUUUGGCUUGCAUUUAUUGUUGCAGGCGCUUUGAAGCUAUCGUAUAAUGUUUUGAUCCUUGUGUUUUUCUGGAAGAGGCGUUGA